AUGAACCCAGAAAAUGUAGAAUGGAUUAAAUCAGUGAGGAGAAGAAUCCACGAGAACCCAGAACUUGCUUUCGAAGAAGUCGAAACGAGUAUGCUUAUUCGUCGUGAAUUGGCUAGAAUGGAAAUUGAUUACAAGUUUCCUUUGGCUAAAACUGGGAUUAGAGCCAUGAUUGGCACUGGAGGGCCUCCUUUUGUUGCACUCAGGGCUGAUAUGGAUGCUCUACCUAUUCAGGAACUUGUUGAAUGGGAGCACAAAAGCAAAAAUGAUGGUAAAAUGCAUGCGUGUGGACAUGAUGUUCAUGUGGCCAUGCUUAUAGGUGCGGCGAAGAUUUUGAAAGCACGCGAAAAUCAUUUACAGGGGACUGUGAUACUACUUUUUCAGCCAGCCGAAGAAGCUGGAAAUGGAGCAAAAAGGAUGAUAGCAGAUGGUGCCCUUGAGGAUGUCGAGGCUAUAUUUGCAGUGCAUGUAUCCCAUCGGCUCCCUACUGGUGUCAUUGGGUCGAGAACCGGUCCUUUACUCGCCGGUUGUGGCUUCUUCAGAGCUGUUAUAACCGGUAAACGGGGUCAAGCUGCAAAUCCCCACAAGUCAGUUGACCCUAUCUUUGCAGCCUCAGCAGCCGUGAUCAGCUUACAGGGUAUCGUUUCUCGAGAAGCGAAUCCCUUGGACUCUCAAGUAGUCUCAGUAACUUUCUUCAACAGUGGAGAUGAUCUUGAUGUUAUACCAGAUAGGGUCGAAUUUGGUGGCACCUUAAGGGCAUUUUCUAAUGCGAGUUUCUACCAACUUGUCAAAAGAAUAGAAGAGGUAAUUGUAAACCAAGCUCGGGUUUUCAAAUCUUCGGCCACAGUUGACUUUUUUAAGGAUGCUGACACAAUUUACCCGCCAAUGGUGAACGAUGACCACCUGUACGAACAUGUGAAGAAGGUCUCCACUGAUUUGACAGGAUCCAAAAAAUUCCAAGUGGUUCAGCCAGUAAUGGGGAGCGAGGACUUCUCAUUCUACUCUGAGGUGAUUCCUGCAGCCUUCUACUACAUUGGCAUUAUGAAUGAGACUCUAGGCUCAAUACACUCGGCACAUUCGCCACAUUUCAUGAUAGACGAAAAUGUCCUCCCAAUAGGCGCAGCAACUCACGCUGCCAUAGCAGAGAGAUAUCUCAACGACCAAGUUUCGUGA